AUGAGAAGCAUGUUGAUAUGGAUCGUGAAAAUGGUGAAAAUCCUAACAAUACGGCAGAAAUCUGUGUGGGGCUCUUGCUGGGCAGGCAGCCAUGACUGGCCUUCUGGAGUCCUAGGAGAGAGCUCAGAACUUGGAAGACAGUGUUCCCAUUACAUGGCUCCCCUCUGGGUCUGCCUGCACAUUGAUCUCAACAAGCAUUUCAGGAAAGAACAAAUGCUUGGAUUGCUUUCCCCCAUGGGCAAGACAGCAGCGAGUGCAUCAGAGAUGAAAGGUAGCAGUCCUGCCGUCUCCUUGGAGAUGCAGGGGUCAUCUCUCAGUAACCCCGGCUAG